AUGGCAAUUAUAAAGGAUGCCACAAAACAGACUUACUCAGUCAAUUGUUAUCGGAAGAUGACCCGGAUGGAGAAAGUCGCCCUUGCCUUGCAGUCCAACUUUUACGAGAUGCUGAUGGCGGUACUAUUAUGCAUCAACAUGAUGUGGAUGGCCUUGGAGAUUCAGAUCACUGGCUCCACGUCUGGCGUUGAUCUCGGCCUCUUUCAGUCGGCCAUCAUCUCGGAGAGCGACAUGUACAUCUAUGAAGACUGGCUUCAAGUCGGCGAGCUGAUCUUCACCUUCAUCUUCGCUGCGGACGUGCUGGUUCGUAUGUUCGUCCUGAAAGGCAUUUUCUGGAAGGCAUGGCUGAACUACAUCGACAUUGCCGUCUCCGUUACAAACAUUUUCGAAACAGCGAUCUCCAUGUACUCCAGCUCCACUGCAUUGCCGUUUCCACCAGUGCUCUUCCGGUUACUUCGACUUGGGAAGCUUGCAAGAGCGAUCCGGGUGGUGUCGAUGACUUCGGUGCUAGCUUCUCUCCAGCUUCUGGUAAAGUGCCUGGGAUCCAGUCGAGACAUGCUUUUCUGGAGCUUUUGCCUGCUGACCUUCGUGCAAUGCGUUGCUGGCAUGAUCCUCAGCACCCUCACCGUCGAUUUCAUCAAGGAUAAUAGUAAGCCAUCGGACGUGAGGGGCGAUGUGUUCCUGUACUAUGGCACAUUUUCGAGGACAACCCUCUCGAUGUUCGAGAUCCUCUUCGCGAAUUGGAGCCCAUGUUGCCGAAUACUGGUCGAGAACGUGAGUGAAUGGUUCUCGGUUUUCUUCCUCCUCUACAGGUGUGUACUUGGCUUUGCCAUUCUCAACGUGGUCAACUCCGUGUUUGUGCAGCAGACGAUGAAGACCGCCAGUUCCGACGAGGAGCUGGCAUUCAAGCAGAAGCAGCGUGAUGCCGAGCUCUACACCAAGAAGGUGCGUAAGCUCUUCCAGACGAUGGAUGCCAGCGGAGAUGGGGCCAUCAACUUGGAGGAGUUCGCAAAGCUCGUGCAGUCACCGAAGCUCCGAUUCUGGAUGAGCCAGUUGGAGUUGGAGUACCAUGAUCUCUUGAGCCUUUUCGAAUUCUUAGAUAAUGGAGAUGGGCAGAUCACGCGGCCCGGAGCGGUUCAGGGGCUCCGCAGGAUUUCUGUUUCAUUCAUGCUUAUGCGAAAUAUAUAA